UGUUUAUAUAUGUGAUAACUUUACAAGAAGCAGUGUGAAUAUAAUCUAACUUAUUUAUUUUCUUAUUGUGUUAUAGUAUACAUCUGAAAGUUAAAAUUCACUCACUAAUCAUGGAAAAAUCACAGAAAAUGCCGAAGGUUGCAAAGGUUAAGAAUAAAGCACCUGCAGAAAUUCAAAUAACAGCAGAACAGCUUUUGCGGGAGGCCAAAGAAAGAGAUUUGGAGAUUUUACCACCGCCUCCAAAACAAAAAAUCUCUGAUCCACAUGAAUUAGCUGAUUAUCAACACAGAAAGCGUAAAGCCUUUGAAGAUAAUAUUCGUAAAAAUCGUAUGGUCAUUUCAAAUUGGAUAAAAUAUGCUCAGUGGGAAGAAAGUCAGAAACAAAUACAAAGAGCACGAUCUAUAUAUGAGCGUGCACUGGAUGUUGAUCACAGAAAUAUUACAUUAUGGCUCAAAUACACAGAGAUGGAAAUGCGGAAUCGUCAAGUAAAUCAUGCCAGAAAUUUGUGGGAUCGUGCUGUUACUAUAUUACCUAGAGCAAAUCAGUUUUGGUACAAAUAUACUUACAUGGAAGAAAUGUUAGAAAACAUUGCUGGUGCACGUCAGGUAUUUGAAAGGUGGAUGGAAUGGGAACCUGAUGAACAAGCUUGGCAAACUUAUAUCAAAUUUGAAUUAAGAUACAAAGAAAUACAAAGAGCAAGACAAAUUUAUGAACGAUUUGUGAUAGUUCAUCCCGAUGUUAAACACUGGAUUAAAUAUGCACGCUUUGAAGAAUCCCACGGUUUUAUAAACGGAGCUCGUAAUGUUUACGAACGUGCUAUUAAUUUUUAUGGCGAUGAAAAUUUGGAUGAAAAAUUAUUUAUCGCAUUUGCAAAAUUUGAAGAAGGACAAAGAGAACAUGACCGCGCGAGAGUGAUUUAUAAGUAUGCAUUAGAUCAUAUUCCAAAAGAAAAAACACAAGAAAUUUAUAAAGCGUAUACCAUACAUGAGAAAAAAUACGGAGAUCGUUCAGGUAUUGAAGAUGUGAUUGUAAGCAAAAGAAAAUAUCAAUACGAACAAGAAGUAAAAGAAAAUCCUUCUAAUUAUGAUGCUUGGUUUGACUACUUAAGAUUAGUAGAAUCAGAAGGAAACGUAGAUGUAAUUAGAGAAACUUAUGAACGCGCUAUAGCCAAUGUACCACCCACUAAAGAGAAACAAUUUUGGAGGAGGUAUAUUUACCUUUGGAUAAAUUAUGCCCUUUUUGAAGAACUUGAUACCCAAGAUAUAGAAAGAUGUCGGCAAGUUUAUAGGGCGUGCUUAGAAUUAAUUCCCCACAAACAUUUUACUUUCUCAAAAAUUUGGUUACUUUAUGCAUAUUUUGAAAUAAGACAAAAAAAUUUAACAGCAGCUAGAAAAACAUUAGGUAUGGCACUAGGUAUUUGUCCUAGAGAUAAAUUGUACCGUGGAUAUAUUGAUUUAGAGAUACAGUUAAGAGAAUUUGAUAGGUGUAGAAUUUUAUAUGAAAAAUUUCUUGAAUUUGGUCCAGAGAAUUGUACCACAUGGAUGAAAUUUUCAGAACUAGAAACACUUUUAGGUGAUGUAGAACGUGCUCGAGCUAUUUACGAAUUAGCUAUAUCACAACCGAGAUUGGAUAUGCCCGAACUUUUAUGGAAGUCGUACAUUGAUUUUGAAAUAUCGCAAGAUGAAACUGAAAAUGCGAGGCAAUUAUUUGAAAGAUUAUUGGAACGUACGCUUCACGUUAAAGUUUGGAUUGCGUAUGCCAAAUUUGAGUUGGCAAAUUCCAUAUCAGAAGAUGGCGUUAAUAAUGUUGUUUUAGCAAGAAGAAUUUUUGAGCGUGGAAACGAUGCACUUAGAUCAAGUGGCGACAAAGAAAGUAGAGCAUUGCUUCUAGAAGCAUGGAGAGAUUUCGAAAAUGAGAAAGGUGAUGAAGAAACGAGGAUUAAGAUUAUGGAAAAAAUGCCUCGAAGAAUUAAACGCAGAAGACGUAUUGUGGGAGAGGAUGGGAGCGACGAUGGCUGGGAAGAGGUGUUCGAUUUCGUUUUUCCAGAAGAUGAAUCUCAAAGGCCAAAUCUUAAAUUUUUGGCAUCUGCCAAGGCUUGGAUAAAACAAAAAGAAAUGUAUAGCAAAAAUGAAAUCAGUCAGAAUAGUACUUCUCAGUCAGAAACAAAUAGUUAAAACAUUAUUUUUUAAUUAUAACAUCUAUUUUAAUUGUAAUCUACUUUGUUCUUGUAAAUAAAUUAAUAUUUAGUUUUUAUAUCAAUGAAAUAAAUUUAUUUUAAAAUAUUAAGUAAAAUUUUUAAAUAUAAUGUAAGAUAGAAUAUAAAAUGAAAGGAUUUUGUCGAAGUAUGAGUAAAUUUUAUGUUAUAAUAAACUUUAUUAGAACACAAGGUUAGCACAGUAAAAAAGUUAUGCUACAGUUAAUAACUUUUUUUUUUUAUUAUGUAUUUAAAUAUUUUUAUAUUAAUUUUGAUGUACACUUUUAUACUUCACAAGAAAAAUGUAAAUUUAUAAAUAUACAUUACGUACGUUAAUCCCAGAAAUGUUUUGUUCAACCACUGCAAAUACAGUAUAUAAGUAAAAAGUACAAAAUAUUCUUUGGCAGUCAUGCGUUUCGUACCACAGUGGGCAAAUUUAUUAAAAAGUUUCGAUGUAGACAGUACAAAAAAAAAA